UGGACAGAAGAAAGUCGUCCGCUCGAAACGCGUUCAAACGUUGCGACCCUCCGGAAGAACGCCGGGAUCGACAACCUCCAUCAAGCACUCCCAUCAAACACCAUCCUCGACCGCCUUCUCCAACACCAACGACCAAAAUGCCAGAAACCGCACAAUCAGAUCUCGAACACGAGGACAGAAUCGAAGCCAUCGCCGCCCUCCUAACACAAUGGUACACCCUCCAACUCCUCUCCACGCUCCACCCCCUCGACACCAAAAUCUCUCAACCCCCCCACACACCCUCCCCAUCUCUCCUUUCCUCUUGGAAAACAGCAGGAAUGUCAAAUCUAGUGAUGGAAACACUCAAACAAUUACCCUAUCUCUGCGGUGCGGAGAAGAAAGAAUUAGCACCAUUUACACGACCGUUGAAUUAUCUGGACGAUGAUUUCGCCGCGGAAGUUUGGAAAGAUCCGUUUGGAUUGAGUGAGGGAGGGGAGAAAGUGCAAGGGUAUUUGGGGACUUGUAUUCCAUUGACAUAUUGUGCUGGGGAAGAAUAUGGGUGGUUGUUGUUACUUGAUCUUCACACCAAUGAGAUUUACGAAAUAAGCAAUAAUGCACAAACACAAACACAAACACGACGACCGCCAAAAGGUGCCCCGAAAUACUAUUACCAGCAUUAUCCACACAACCCAGCACCAGAAACCCUCAAAUCCUGGAUAAACAAGACGAAACAACUCCUCUGGGUCCCAGAUCCCUCGACCGGAAUAUGGAUGCAGCAAGAAAAAGACGAUUGGAAUGGCAGUGGGAAGGUUUUUGCAGUAUGAUGCUAUGAAGCAGUUGUAUUUCGAAUGCGGGUGGCCGGAGAGGUUUGAUCAGGAAGGAUUUUCAAUCGGAUAUGGAUUGUUGAGUAGGUCGAGGGAGUGGGAUGAUUAGGACAAG